UUACGAGAGGACAAGGUGUCCUGGGGUACUUCUAAUGGUUAUUCCCUAUUUAAAUCCUUCCUCUGUAUUUAACAGCCGUUACCGAACGGAUGAAAUUCUGUUAUAACCAGAUCAUUUCUUUUGCUAAGUGUGUAAGAGCGCGUCAGAUGGAACGACCCUCUGCAUGCAGUACCAGCUCGCGACCACGAGGAGGCAGCAGCAGUGACCAGAUCUGACCGUCUCUGCGUACUACGUCACUCUGUGUUUGAACGUGGCGGCGCCGAGGAGAGAAGGCAGCGCUGUUAUUCUCUGUUGGAGGAGGUUUUGUUUCUGUAUCGCGGAGCUGUAGAGAUGUAGAAAAGUGAAUACACGUUCACAAGCGUUACAUUUCGCCUGUUUCGUUCACACUGAAAUCCGUACGCUUCGUUUCAGACAUGACGACCACGUGGGGCAGACUCUUCGAUUUUGGAGAUGACUUCGAUGAUGAGGACUUGCUGGAGGCAGAUUGGACACGUGCAACAGAACACCACUCUGUGACCAGAAUGUCUGCAGCCCCUGCUUCUGCACCACUGCAAGAACCAGCCACCUCCCAUACCCACAAUGCACCGCAGAGCUCCUCUAGUCUAUCAACCAGCUCCUGCAACGGUAGUUCAGAGACAGGCUCUUCGGCACCACUUGGUCUUCAAGAACCGAGCAUUGUUAAAGGUUUAAGAAGCCUCUCCAAACCAAACUCAUCUCAUGGUCUUUCUGACCCUCACAAGCCCACCGCUUCUCUUCGAGCACCUUUGCGAGGCACCAGCGUUGUUUCUUCUCUGCAGUCUCUCUCUGCCCAAUCAAACCCUCCACCUGCAGUUCACAGCGCUCCCCCUCAGGAUGACUUUGAUGAGUGGGAUGUGGAUCUUGAGGAGUUGGAUGAGAGUCUUUUUCAAAAGGCCUCUGGGCCUGGUUCUAACACAGACAGCAUCUCCCCAGCUAAAAGGAUGAGAUCAUCAUCUGUAGCAGAAGAUACCACAGUUGUAUCUUCUCAUAGAAGCUUUUGCAGCAGUGCUCCAACAUCUAGACCCCCACAGUCAUUUGUCAGGACCCCAUGUCCGUCCACAUUUGUUCCACAAGGCCCUCCUCAGAGUCUGUGCCAGCCCUUUGUGAGGAACUCUUCAGUCUGCCGUUUCUCCAGUCCAGGACCUGUGAGAGCAUCAGCUGAAGGGCAGAGAGGGGUAGUUACUCCAAGAGCUUCACAGGGCCACCAAGAAACCUUGUUUCAGGCUAUAUCUCCUGCCACAUCACAGACACGUACACCCCGCCCCCUAAACACACCUGUCCUGACAAAUCACCUGGUCCAGUUGGUGUCCGCUGCCAGCAAGACGCCUCAGAGGCCACGGAGUGGUGCAGUUCGAUCCAAAAUGCGGCGUUUUCCAGGACCGGCAGGGGCUUUGCCACAGCAGAUCAGUGGACAGAAUCUAGAUGACAUUGUUGUGACCGUGCCGCAGACGCCAGCGCAUGGAGCUGUGGCUCGCCUCCAAAAUGAGGUUCCCAGCUCCCAAGUGAGUGAGGAAGAAGAGUUCAGUGGGGGUCCAUGGGCAGCGAUGAAGGCUGAGAUGGGAUUGGAUGAAAGGAACCCUUCCUGUUUCCUCCAUUCCUACAGCAUCGUCAUGGUUCUGCGUAAAGCUGCUCUACGGCAAUUGGUAAAGAAUAAGGUUCCUAACAUGGCUGUGGUAUUAAAGAGUAUCUUACACACACAUGCUGAUGGCAAAGCAGCGUUCAGGGACCCCACAGGUGAGAUACAGGGCACUGUUCACCGUCGUUUGCUGGAGGACAGACAGGGAGAGUUGAAGACUGGUGCUGUGCUGCUGCUUAAACAAGUGGGUGUGUUCUCACCUUCUCACCGAAACCACUACCUGAAUGUUACUCCCAACAAUUUACUCAAAAUCUACCCCCCUGAUGGAGCCCUCCCCUCCUCCUCCCAGCUUGCACAGCCAGUGCUGGAAUCUGUUGGAUUCCCACAGUGUGAGUCCUCUAGGCCUGUAGGGGGCCCUGUGUCUCAGAUGGAGCUGCGUUAUGAUGAUGAGGAGGAGGAGGAGGAGGAAGCGGGAGAUCAGAGGGCUAACCCUGCAUCUUCUGUUAACAUGGUGGCCCAGUCUUCAGGGCCAGAUGCCACAGAGGAGGCCCUGUGGGGUUCAGAUGAUCUUGAUGAGCUACUGGGAGAGUUGCCUGUUGAGUAAUGCAGCUCCUGACACUUUUUCAAAUUUCUGCUGUUACCGUGGAAAUACACUGUCCCAAAGUCUUCAAAUU